CAAGAAGACCCGGAGCUCUGUGGGGCAGAGGCCUCCGGCGGUGAGAGAGCCGGGCUGGCUGCGCCCCCUCGUCCUUCCCUCAAGGCCCCUUGAGGUCAGGAAGGGCACGCCCCACCUUCGUCGGCCCCUGGAAGGCGGCCCACCUCUCACUCAGCGCCAGGAUUGACUCCCAGACCCACGUCCAGACCCAUGUCCCAGGCAUCCCCGCAGCUGGACGGCGGGCUCCCAGUGUCCACCAGCUGCUGCGUGCCCCAGGGUCCCAGGAAGGGCGGCCCAGUGGACAGGAAGGACGAGACAGUAACGAUGCCUGACUCGCCGGCCGAGGUGAAGACGCAGCCUCGCUCCACACCGCCCAGCAUGCUGCCCCCACCGCCUGCCGCGUCCCAGGGGGCCACCCGGCUCCCCUCCUUCGCACCACACACAAAUCGAGAGGACGGGCCCAUGAUGUCCUUGCCCCAUGGCCGUUUUCAUGGCUGCUUAAAAUGGUCUAUGGUCUGUCUCUUGAUGAACGGCGGUCACUCGCCCACAGCCGUCAACGGGGCGCCGUCCACGCCCAGCGGCUUCAGCAAUGGCCCGGCCACCUCGUCCACGGCCUCGCUGUCUACGCAGCGCCUGCCCCCAGCCUGCGGGGCGCGGCAGCUCAGCAAGCUGAAGCGUUUCCUCACCACCCUGCAGCAGUUUGGCACCGACAUCUCCCCAGAGAUCGGGGAGCGCGUGCGCACGCUGGUGCUGGGGCUCGUGAACUCCACGCUCACCAUCGAGGAGUUCCAUUCCAAGCUUCAGGAGGCCACCAACUUCCCUCUGCGUCCCUUCGUCAUCCCCUUCCUGAAGGCAAACCUGCCCUUGCUGCAGAGGGAACUCGUGCACUGUGCCCGCCUCGCCAAGCAGACCCCCGCCCAGUACCUGGCCCAGCACGAGCAGCUCCUGCUGGACGCCAAUGCCUCCUCCCCCGUCGACUCCUCAGAGCUCCUGCUGGAUGCCAACGAGCAUGGCAAGAGGAGGACCCCUGACAGGACCAAAGACAAUGGGUCAGACCGUGACCCGCUGCACCCCGACCACCUCAGCAAACGGCCGUGCACCCUGAGCCCCGCCCAGCGCUACAGCCCUAGCAACGGGCUGCCCCACCCCACGCCGCCCCCACACUACCGCCUGGAGGACAUGGCCAUGGCCCACCACUUCCGCGACUCCUACCGCCACCCUGACCCCCGGGAGCUGCGGGAGCGCCAUCGGCAGCUCGCGGCGCAGGGGUCCCGGCAGGAGGAGGUGAUCGACCACAGGCUCACGGAGCGGGAGUGGGCGGAGGAGUGGAAGCAUGUCAACAACCUUCUGAACUGCAUCAUGGACAUGGCCGAGAAGACACGGCGCUCGCUCACGGUGCUGCGCCAGUGCCAAGAAGCCGACCGGGAGGAGCUCAGCCACUGGGUCCGCCGCUGCAGUGACAGCGAGGAUGCCAAGAAGGGCCCCGCCCCUGCCCCCGCCCGGGCCCUCAACAGCUCCCCGGGUGCACAGGGGUCUCCGCUAGACGCCCACCGGGAGUUCAUGCCUCGGAGCCUCUCUGGCUACAUGCCCGAGGAGAUAUGGAGGAAGGCUGAGGAGGCAGUGAAUGAAGUAAAGCGGCAGGCCGUGUCCGAGCUGCAGAAAGCCGUGUCGGACGCGGAGCGGAAGGCCCACGAGCUCAUCAGCACGGAGCGCGCCAAGAUGGAGCGCGCCUUGGCCGAAGCCCGGCGGCAGGCUUCGGAGGACGCCCUGACCGUCGUCAACCAGCAGGAGGACUCCAGCGAGAGCUGCUGGAACUGCGGGCGCAAGGCUAGUGAGACGUGCAGUGGCUGCAACGCGGCGCGCUACUGUGGCGCCUUCUGCCAGCACCGGGACUGGGAGAAGCACCACCACGUGUGUGGCCAGAGCCUGCAGGGCCCCUCGGCCGCCGUGGCCGACCCGGGGCCCGCACCACCCGAUGCCACAGCCAGCCUGGGCCCCUGCCUGCCCACAGGCGCCACCAGCCCCAGCGAGGCCAGCUCUGCGGGGCCCUCCCGCCCCGGCUCGCCUGGCCCGCCUGGGCCCCUGGACGCAGCACCCCGCUGA